ACCAAACUCCACCAUCACGUCCCCUUAUAAAUCACCACGGAGCCUCCAGUCUCCUUUCAUCCGGAGGACUGGCUGUCCCUCAACACCAUGCCAGGCAAACCCGCACCCAUUAAGAAGUCCCCCGCCAAGAUGGCAGCAGAUAAGGCAGCUGAGCCCGAGGCCGCGGCGGUGGAAGCUCCGUCCGCAGAAACACCUGCUGAGGCCACAAUUGCUGCCGAGGGCGGAGCAGCACCGCCCGCCACCCCUGUUGAGGACAGCUCGGAAGGAAGUGCUCGAGCUGCUGAACCACCUGCUGAUUGCGAGGCCGCGCCCGUCGCCACAGACGCUGCUGCUGCUGCUGACGCUGCUCCAGCAGAAAGUGCUCCAGUUGAGGAGCCACCCAAAGUCCCAACACCUCCACCUCCUGCAGUUCCCACUAGUGCUCCACUGGAAGUGUCUGUAGAAGAUGUUAACGACUCAAGCCUCACCAUCAAAUGGAAGACGCCGGAGACCAUUGGACACUCUGGACUGGAUGGAUACACCAUUGAGUAUUGCAAGGAUGGAACAACAGACUGGUUAGUUGCAAAUGAGGAGUUGACCCUAGCCAACCGCUACUGCAUCAAAGACCUGACUGCAGGUGAUAUGGUACUGGUGCGUGUGAUGGCUGUAAACCCCAGCGGCCGCAGUGAACCUGGCGUGUUCACCCAGGCCGUUCCAAUCCGUGAAGUUGUCGCCCGCCCAAAGAUCAAAAUCCCUCGCAAUCUCCGCACCUGUUUUGUGAAACAAGUUGGAGAACAAAUAAAUCUGGUCAUCCCAUUCCUCGGAAAGCCCAAACCUGUUGUAUCCUGGCUGAAGGACGGUCAGCCUUUGGAUCCAACGAGGGUAAACUUCAGGAAUAGUGACAAGGACAGCAUCCUAUUUAUCCGUGGUGCUCAGAGGGAGGACUCAGGCGUUUAUGAGAUGACUGUUAAGGUAGACAGCUUUGAAGACACCGCCACCAUCACCCUUCAGAUUGUUGAGUUGCCUUGUCCCCCCGCUGGUGUCAAGCUGGUGGACUGCUGGGGCUUCAACGCUGCACUGGAAUGGACAGCUCCGAAGGACAAUGGCAACACAGAGAUCACUGGGUACAUUGUCCAGAAGGCAGACAUGAAAACUGGGGACUGGUUUACCGUGCUGGAACACUACCACAGGCUAACAGCAACCAUCUCUGACCUCAUCAUGGGCAACUCGUAUUCCUUCAGAGUGUUUUCUGUCAACAAAGUGGGUGUCAGUGAAAAGAGCGCUGUAACCAAGGAUGUGGCAACGAUCCAGAAGACAGGCAUUAACUACAAGCCACCAGAGUACCAGGAGCACGACUUUAGCGAGGCGCCCAAAUUCACCACACAGCUCAUUGACAGGGCUGCUACAGUAGGAUACACCACCAAGCUGCUGUGCUCUGUUCGUGGUUGUCCAAAGCCAAAGAUCGAGUGGUUUAAGAAUCAGAUGGUCAUUGGUGACGACCCAAAGUUUCGUCAAAUUUCCAACCAAGGCAUUUGCUCUCUGGAAAUCCGCAAGCCUUGCUGCUUUGAUGGAGGAGUUUACACAUGCAGAGCAAAGAACGCUGAAGGAGAGGCCACCAUCUCCUGCAAGCUGGAAGUCAAACAGGUGUUUCUGGCAGAGGCUGACAAGGAGAAAGGCAAAUAAAGCAACACUUAAAAUUCAGAGGGUGCUGUGCAAGGUGGCAGGAAAAAGGUCAUGCGGCAGCGUUUACAUAAUGAUGAAGGAAAAACUCCAUCCCCACCCGGUCCACGCACACCUCAAUAGUCCUACUUUGCUUUGGUAUUUGUAGCUUUUCUCACGUCAGGUUAAAUGUUCAAUGAUUUUUCUGCCAUUUGUAGCUUAUUAUCCUGUAGUAUAUACCGCUCAAUAAAACAGUCAAUCUUUGGAGUUGAUUUUGCAACGAGUGAAGGAUUUAAAAUAAAUAUUGUAUUUUAUUACAUUUA